AUGGAGAACACCGUGCAGGUGAAGGAGAUAACGGAGGAGGAACGUGGUGAGCAUCAGCAGGAGUUUAACAAUUGGCUCCAGGUAAUUCAUUCCUCUGCAUCUGCCAUUAAUGAUGAGCUUCGUACUGAUGAAUACUGUGAUAGUGUAUUGAAUAAGGACAAUCCAACUCCUAUUUUGAUGCUUAAAAACUCUUAUUGCACUAUGAAUGCUUUUUCCCUAAUUUCUGAGAACCCCGAAUUGUGUUCCCCUGUUUUUCGUUCUCCGAAUUCUGUUGAUUUUGCUCGAUUGAAUUGGAGGGAGAGCCUGUUUGGUGGGACUAGGGAUGAGGAGGUAGACCUAUCUGGUGGAGUGAUUGUUUGCCAUAUAAUUGGUACUAAACUACCUUUGUCUGUUGUGAGUGGUUUUGCUAGAAGGAUGUGGGGAAGAUAUGGGAUUGAUAAGGUCUCUUUAAUGACAAAUGGGGUGUUCUUGGUUCGAUUUCGGACUAUUGAGGCAAGGGAUAGAGUAUUGGGGGCUGGACCUGUGUGGUUUGACAAUAAACCAGUGAUAGUGAAACAAUGGGUGGCUGGGAUGGACCUUGAUGCUGAGCCUGUGGAUUUGGUGCCUAUCUGGGUCAGAUUGCCUGGGUUGAAAUUGAAAUAUUGGGGGCAAAAGACUCUAACAAAAUUGGCUUCUAUGAUAGGGAAUCCUAUCAAGACUGAUAAGGCAACAACCACCAAGGAAAGAUUGGAGUAUGCUAGGAUUAUGAUAGAAGUGAAGUUUAAUGUUGAUUUACCAGAUUGCAUUGAGUUUUUGGAUGAAUCUGGCAAUACAAUAAAACAAGCUCUGAAGUAUGAGUGGAGGCCUGUGAUCUGUAAGGUGUGUGGUGGGAUUGGGCAUGCUGAUGCUCAAUGUCCUAAUCAUAAGGUACAGGUGAGGAAUAAGGUGAGGACGCAGCCUGAGAAAGCUUAG